ACCGACAACACGCACUACACACACCACCGCUCUCUCCUCAGCUGCAACCUCCGUUGUUCAGACUUGAGAGCAAUGCCAGCCAGAGCCACACAAGCAAUGGCAGCGAGGAGCGGCAUUGUCGUCGUCGCGGCGGCGCUCUUGGCCCUGGUGGCCGUGUCGCAGGCGCAGGCCCCGGGCCCCUCGGCGACGCCGGCCGGCCCGCCGAACGUGACGGCCAUCCUGGUGAAGGGCGGGCAGUACACGACCUUCAUCCGGCUGAUGAAGGAGACGCAGCAGGACACGCAGCUCAACAGCCAGCUCAACAACUCCUUCAACGGCAACGGCUACACCGUGUUCGCGCCCACCGACAACGCCUUCAACAACCUCAAGCCCGGCACGCUCAACAGCCUCAGCCAGCAGGAGCAGGUGUCGCUGGUCCAGGGACACAUCCUGCCCCAGUACUACUCCAUGGAGUCCUUCCAGACGGCCAGCAACCCCGUCCGCACCCAGGCCUCCGGCAAGAAGGACCCAAUCACGCUCAACAUCAUCGCCACCGGCAACAACCAGGUCAACGUCUCCACCGGCGUCGUCGAGGUCGCCGUCAACAACGCGCUCAGCGCAGUCAAGCCGCUCGCCGUCUACUCGGUCGACAAGGUGCUCCUGCCCGCAGAGAUGUUCGGGGCCAAGGCUCCGGCGCCCGCGCCCACCGCCUCCAAGGGGGACAAGACCAAGAAGGGUGAGGCCGCCUCCGGGCCGGCCGGGUCAGCCGACGACGCCGCUCCCACGGGCGCCGCCGGCGCCAGGGCCGUCGGUUGGGGCGUGGCCGGCAUGGCUGCUCUUCUUGGCUACCUCUUGUGAGCUGGGUAGCUUGGGAUGAUCGCACGACGACCAGGACGCCAUGGCCAUCAAUCAAUGUGCAUACACUUGACGGGUUUUCUUGCCUUCCACGUGCCGGUGGUGUUUCUUUCCUUCCUUCCACCCUGUUCAAAUUCCUUUCUUCCAUUCUUGUUCUUGCCUUCUUGGCGGUUUGUUGAGAUCGGGUUAUGUGAUUGAAUUUAUGUGUUUGAGGCCAGAAUGUUCGUAACGACGCAGUACAUUUUGGGUUCCUGCUA